GCCGAGGUGGGGUGGGUACGGAGGUGGCAGCUGUGGGAGGAGGCGGCGCAGGAGGCCGACGAGCUCCCGGCCGGACCAGUCCUCGCGUCCUGGGCCGCGAACCCCGAGCCUGCACCGCACCGAGAGGCGAAACUGGCCGGAUGGGCCGCUGAGCCCGAUUCGGGGACCGCGUGGAGCCCCCUGGAGCUGAGGCCAGGAUGUUCCGCUUCAUGAGGGACGCGGAGCCGGAGGAUCCCAUGUUCCUGAUGGACCCCUUUGCCAUUCACCGCCAGCAUAUGAGCCGGAUGUUGUCAGGGGGCUUUGGCUAUAGCCCCUUCCUCAGCAUCACAGAUGGCAACAUGCCAGGGACCAGGCCUGCCAGCCGCAGGAUGCAGGCUGGAGCUGUCUCCCCCUUCGGGAUGCUGGGAAUGUCGGGUGGAUUCAUGGACAUGUUUGGAAUGAUGAAUGACAUGAUUGGGAACAUGGAACAUAUGACCGCUGCAGGCAACUGCCAGACCUUUUCCUCCUCCACGGUCAUCUCCUACUCCAAUACCGGGGAUGGUGCUCCCAAGGUCUACCAAGAGACGUCAGAGAUGCGCUCAGCACCAGGCGGGAUCCGGGAGACGCGGAGGACUGUCCGGGACUCGGACAGUGGCCUGGAGCAGAUGUCCAUUGGGCACCACAUCCGAGACAGGGCUCACAUUCUCCAACGCUCCCGAAACCACCGCACAGGGGACCAGGAGGAGCGGCAGGACUACAUCAACCUGGAUGAGAGUGAGGCCGCAGCCUUCGAUGAUGAGUGGCGGAGAGAGACCUCCCGAUUCCGGCAGCAGCGCCCUCUUGAAUUCCGACGACACGAGUCUUCAGGGGGCGGGGGACGAAGGGCUGAGGGGCCUCCCCGCCUGGCUAUACAGGGACCCGAGGACUCCCCCUCCCGACAGUCCCGCCGCUAUGACUGGUGAAGGCCCCGGUCCUCAGCCUCUCCUGUGCAACCUCGAGAGGCUGGGACAUCGUCCCCUGAGAGAACUUACCCCUCUCCAACUCCCACCCCCAAUUUAAUAUUAAUAGGCAAGCCGGCCCCCACCUCUCCCUGGGGGGCCUCAGGGCGAACGUGCACAGCCCCUCGUACCUACUUCUGUACGCCCCUUACCAUGAUGUGUCCGCUAACUUGAUUUUUCAUUUUGCUGCUCCACCUCCCUCCCCGCCCCCGCCACGCAGAGAAGGAAAGGUCUGUGGAGGUAAGCUCUGGGUGCAGGGGCCUCCUGGUCUUCGUACACCUCUCCCUCAGAGCCCCAUAGGGGCCAUUGGACCUUGACCAGGAGAGGACCAGGGAGAGGACUGGUCUCAUUCCCAACUCCUUCCCGCCCCCCUCCACACACAUAACAAAAGUCUCCCUUACACCCUCCUCUGCCUUUAUUUUUGAUUUGUGCAACUUGUAACUAGGUGUUUACGGAAUAAAGAAGAGUGGAAAAGACUAA